AUGGUGGGAAAGGUAUUUUGCCGCGAUGUUUAUCCCCUAAUGACUGUUUCUCAAAGAGCCCACCUCUGGGCGCUGCGGAACCAGGCGCUGUUUGGUGACGCCCCUGAUGAAUGCAUUGAAGGAUCUGCACAACAGAGCAGUAUGGGAGAGAACCAAGUGGGUCGGGCUCCUAAUGCUCUGACCAUGUCUGUUGACGGUCAGAUUGUGCCGCUGACAAAGCCGCGGUGGUAUGAAUUCACAAAAUGUCUUUACUACAAAACGUGGGUUGGUUUGCGUGGGACAAUAUCUCUCCAGGUUGCCGCUGAAACCUUUUGUUCGGAGUUCUUUUACUUGCUUAAACUUUAUCCCGCACCCUCGAUGCUUCCUGUAAUGGAUGCUGUGCUUCGCACAGCAAACGCCAGGGCUGCCGUUGUAGAGGCAGCAAGUAAGAAAACCUCGAUGAAAUCGAUCACGCCGAAGAAUGGUUUCUACCUGCGUGGCUGCUACGACGACCCGGCAGCGAUUGCCUUUCUGUGGUUGUGCCGCGCGUAUUGUAUCCCGUGCGAAGCGGAGCUUCAACCCAUUUCAGCCAACCACACUCUACGCGACAGGUAUCCCUUUUAUGUGAAGUCUGUGGAGACCAACACAGUAGUUGCCGAACCUCUGGCAGCCUUCUCUCUCUGUGUUGAAUUGUACCUGCCAAAUAGUGAGCACUGGUUUGGUGUGCUACCGGGAACCGGCUCCGGAACGCCGCUCGGAACUCGCGCUGCGCAAAAAAGCAUGUGGUUGGAGUAUAUGCAGUUUGUACUAUCGGAGCUCAGGGAGCCGCUACUCAGGUUCAUAAGAGGUGAAUGCGAGGAAGAUGGGUAUGUCGAUGUGUUGGAGAGAGGGAAUCCUUUGCUCCAACGAUAUCAAAAGGACCGUGUGAAACUUCCUCUCGGUUCGUCAAGGAGGUCGAAGGGUCGCAAUAAGUUGUUGAAACGAAUGAAUACGGGGUUGGCACGUUAUGAGAGGUUUGCCCGGCACUACUACGCCACACAUCCUUGCUCUGUUGUUUCUGUUGCAGAGCUUUUUGUUGCUGCAUAUGCCUACGUGGUGUGUGCUAACCCACUGUGCGAUGAUGUUAUCCCGUUGCAAGAGGCAGUGCCGUCGUCCACUGGCAGAGCUGACGCCCAAAUUCCCUCGCGGUGGUCCCGCCAAGGUUCGUAUUAUAGUGCCAAAGGUGGAAUCGAUUCAAUGCCGGCACAGGUGUCGAGGUCAAACGUUUUGAUCAGCGGUGUUUCAAAAGAGUGCCAGGAGGUUGCUGCACUUAUUCUUAACGGAGCAAGCAAUGAGCAGAGCAAAUCCCUUAUUGGGAGCCACGUGAGUGAAAUCGUUGAGAAUAGUAAGCAAGUGGUUGGGGAGAAGCUGUCGAAUGCAGCAAUGAACUUCCUCGGCCGGCAUCAGCCUUGGAUCAAUGUGGAAUGCAGGACAAAUAUGUUGGCCACCGAAGUGAUCGAUAGUUUCAUCCGCAACCGGUGUAGACCUCUACAGCCAAAGUUGGGGGAACUUCUUUCGCAUGUAUGGUGUAUGGCAAAUGAACAGUGUGAGGGAUUUCCUUUCAUUGUGCUCAAUAGAGAUCUCCGGAAUUUUGUGACGACGUUGACAGGACACACAUCAUCUAUGUUGCAGGAAAUAACUUCAAGGGGCUACGGAGGCGCCGUGUCAACAAUCGCACAGGUGUACUGGGAAAAGUUACGGGAAGUAUUCAACAGAGCACCCACUUCCUCAGAAAGUAGAAUGUAUCACAACUACACGUCAAAGAUGUGA